AUCAUCGCCAAAUGUCAGAAGCGGAAAAAAAUAUUGCAUUCGGAUGGCGUCAUUUUUGUACGCUUGCCGAAACAGCGCAAUAUUUUUGAAAGCAAAUUUUAUGUGUUUUCGAUCAAAGUAAUCAUGGAUUUUAACAGCAGUUUCAAAAGUGAACACAACUUGGAUUAUUCUGGAAGUUCUGGCUUGGAUCUCGGCAGUGAUCAGAAACGACGCAGCUCAUCACGAUCGAUCAAACGUAAGCGUUUCGACGACGAAAUAGUGGAAUACAGCUUGGGAUUGCAGCAAGCGCAGCUUAAAAACAUUGGCCGUACACGUACCCUGUCACAGACGCUUCCGUUGUUUGGUGGAAGUCCGGGAAUUCCAGGAGUUUCUGUUACGCCGCAACCAAUUCCGCCGGUUUCCGUAUCACCUUCGAUCGUCGUAGAGCAACCGCUUUCAGUUCCCGUAGUUCAGACGCCGUUGGCAGCAGUAGUCGCUCCACCCGUAAUGCCGCUUCCUCCGCCAGUCGUGCCAAAUCCGGCCACCAGUUUGCUCCAGCAGCUUAAUUCCAACGCUUCGGUCAACGAGAAGAAGAAAAGCCUGAAGAACAGCAAAAAGAACAAGAAGAAGGGCGGCGGACAGACGCUGGCGACCAAAGAUUUGGGAAGAUGGAAACCGAUCGAUGAUCUGGCGCUGAUAACCGGAAUCCUGCAAACCAAUGACCUACGAAUGGUACAUCGGGGGACCAAAUUCUCCUGCAAGUUCACCAUCCACGAGAUGCAAGCCCGUUGGUAUUCGCUGUUGUAUGAAGAACCGAUCUCGAGGAUUGCGGUUACGGCGAUGCGAAAUCUUCACCCGGAAGUGGUGGAAAGUGUCCAAAGCAGGGCACUAUUUUCCGUGGCGGAGGAGGAACUCCUUGGGACGAUCAAGUCCAACUCCAGUCCAUCGCAGGAGACGUUUCAGGAGCUAUUGGACAAGAACUCGACCGUGUUCUACCAGGCCCGCACGGCCAAGUCGCUGUUUGCCCACUGGCAGGUGAUGAAGCAGUUUUCGCUCCUUCCGGAUCAGUCCGUUCAAUCGCUGCCCAAGAGUGACAACAUUCUGUCCUUUUCGGACGCUGAAGACCUUAUAAACGAUUCCGAAUUGAUGGACCAGAAGGACGAUACGCUGGAAAUCGAGCUAGGACUGGCCGAUCGAAAGAUUAAAAAGGAAAUCCGCAACCUGGAGAAUGAGCUCUCCCGGUGGAACGUGCUGGUGGAUUCCCUGACGGGCAUCGGAUUCUCGCCGGAUUUUGACAAUCAAACGUUGGCCGUUUUGCGCGGAAGACUGGUUCGGUUUCUGAUGAGAUCCCGGGAGAUUAUUUUUGGCCGAUCCACCAAGGAUACUGUUGUGGAUGUUGAUGUUUCUCUGGAAGGGCCAGCUUACAAAGUUUCCCGCAAGCAAGGCACGAUCAAGCUGAGGAGCAAUGGCGAUUUCUUCAUCACCAACGAAGGGAAGCGCCCGUUGUACAUCGAUGGAACGCCGCUGAUGUAUGGUAACAAGACUCGAUUGAAUAACAAUUGCGUUAUUGAGAUAUCUAACCUGCGAUUUAUCUUCCUCAUCAACUACGAUCUGAUUAACGCUAUUCGUCACGAAAGCGCCAAGAUGAACAUCCCAUUGAAUUAGACAUUGAUGCUUAUCUUAGCACUAUGAUUGUAUACUGGAUCACCAUUCAUGUUUAUUCCACGAAUAAAUUACUUUAGGACUAACCAACAA